AUGUCCGAUUCAACUUCUUCGAAUGGCACUGGUCCGAUCCGAUUCCAUACCUUUGAUGUUUCGAAGCAAAUCUUUCUUGAACGCAAACAUACUAUCGGAAUCGUGAAUUUGAUGCCAAUUGCACCAUUGCAUGUACUUCUAAUACCGCGAAAGCCUCACCAUCGAUUAGGAGAAAUUCCAAAGAACGAAUUAGCGGAUCUAUUUGAUGCAGUACAAGAUGUUUCUGGGAUCGUACAACGAUUGACAAACUCACCUGCUUGUACGGUAGCUAUUCAAGAUGGUAAAGAAUCUGGUCAAUCUGUCCCUCACUUGCACGUUCACGUGAUCCCACGUAAAGAUGGAGAUUUUACACCAAAUGAUAUCAUCUAUGCUCAUCUGGAAGAGUUUGGUUUGCAGCUGCACAAGAAUAUGCAGAACUCUACGGAUGGCCAUAAGCCAGAACGUGGACUGGCGCCAGAUCCAAGUCAAGAAAGGAAACCCAGAUCGGCACAAGAAAUGUCGAGUGAGGCCGAUUGGAUCAGACAACACUCCAAGUGA